UGGCAAGGUCUGGAUGGCGCUCAUAGUCACACUAUGAAGAGGUUUGUUGUGGUCAUUCUCUGCCUGUUCUUGGCUGAGACUCUCGGAGAUCUGGAUUGGUGGAGAACGGCGACUUUUUAUCAAAUCUACCCGAGAUCUUUCAAAGAUUCUAACGGUGAUGGAAUCGGAGAUCUCAAUGGUAUCACUGAGAAGCUGCCUUACCUGAAGUUCCUCGGCAUUCAAGCUAUUUGGAUUUCACCCAUCUUCAAAUCCCCCAUGAGAGACUUUGGCUACGACAUCUCGGACUUCUACGCCAUCGAGCCACUCUUCGGGCAGAUGGAGGACUUCGAGAGACUCCUGACAAUUGCCCAUGACAUGAAGCUGAAAAUCCUCUUGGACUUUGUGCCCAAUCACUCGAGUGAUCAGCAUCAGUGGUUCAUCGAUUCGGCCAAUGGUGUGGCUGAAUUCAAGGAUUAUUACAUUUGGCACCCAGGAAAACCAGAUCCUGACGAUCCCACCAAGAAACUUCCGCCCAGCAACUGGCGAAGUGUGAUUCGAGGAAGCGCCUGGACUUAUCAUGAAACCAGAGGUGAGUUCUACCUACAUCAGUUCCAUCCGCAGCAGCCCGAUCUCAACUACAGGAACCCAAAAGUGGUGCAGGAAAUGAAGAAAGUGCUGAAGUUUUGGCUGGACAAGGGCGUAGAUGGAUUUCGCGUUGACGCCAUUCCCAAUCUCUUCGAGGUCCUCCCGGAAAACGGCAUCUAUCCCGAUGAACCCUUGAGUCACUUAACCGACGACGAGGACAGCUUCGACUACCUCGAGCACAUCCACACAAUGGAUCUCCCGGAGACCGUUGAGAUGGUCUACGAGUGGCGAGAACUGAUGGACGAAUACACCAGGAAGGACGGAAACACAAGGGCCAUGCUCUCAGAAGCUGAUUCCCCAAUCGACAUCCUGAUGACUUACUAUGGAAAUGGCCAGAAGAAUGGAUCCCACAUCCCGUUCAACUUCAAAAUGCUGAUGAACCUCAACAAUGCCUCCAAUGCCAUUGACUUCCGUGAAAAGAUCCACUUGUGGCUGGACAAUUUGCCGGCAGGAUGCGAGGCUAAUUGGGUGAUGGGAAACCAUGACAGGGCGCGCAUUGGCUCGCGAUUCGGCGCAGACAGAAUAGAUCUCAUCAAUAUUCUCAUCAACACUCUUCCAGGGAUUAGCAUUACGUACUAUGGCGAAGAAAUCGGAAUGACGGACGUCUUUGUCUCCUGGGAUGAUUCUGUCGAUCCGGCAGCUUGCAAUUCUGAUCCUGAAACUUACCUGGAGUUCUCCAGAGAUCCUGCCCGCACCCCAUUCCAGUGGGAUGACUCCACGAGCGCUGGAUUCUCCACGAAUCCCAAGACUUGGCUUCCUGUGUCUCCUCUGUACAAGGACGUCAACGUUGGGAAGGAGAGAUCGGCGCAGAGGAGUCAUCUGAAAGUCUAUAAGCAGCUGCUGCGCCUCAGGACAACCCAAACGCUGAAGAGAGGAUCGAUUGAGACCAAGACUGAGGGCGAGAACGUCUUGAUCAUCACCAGAAGGCUUCCUGGUUUCGACACUUUCUUCACAAUCGUCAACAUUGGCUCUGAAAGAGAGGCUGUGGACGUUCGAGGACUCUUCUCAGGACGUCUGACCGUUCAAAUUGCUUCCGUGGCGUCCGAGAGACAAUCUGGGAAAACUUUGAGAAGUCCCACUCUUUGGCUGGAGCCUCACGAAGCCCUGAUUCUCAAAGGACAUCAUGAUUUUUUCUAAAAUAAAGUAUGAAAACUUAUGAGUAUUU